GCACCAUUGCCGAGUCUUCGUCCUCUUCAGCAGACCACCCGCAACUUCUCCCCACUUUCCUCUUCGUUUCCUUCUUUUAUCAGAAAGGUUUUUUAUUCAUUUUUUCUGCCUUCGUUUGUGCAGCAACUGAACCAGAGCUUUAGAGUCCUCCUCCCGGGGGAAAAUGCCCAGAGAGAAGGACCCCUUUCGGGAUUAUGUAGAGUUCCUGCAGAACAACAAGUGGAAGUGGAAGUGUAACUUCUGCAACAUUGAGUAUCGUGGAAGUGUGACCAGGAUCAAGGCACACUUAGCCGGAUUUGGAGGAUAUGGGAUCAAUGCCUGCAAGAAGGUCGACCGCCGAGUGAGAUCGAAAGCCCGAAAAGCAUUGAAGGACAAAGGAGAGGCAGAGUCGAGCAACGGGUCGGAAGGCAAUGUUGAAGAGUGUGCGCAUCAGCCCGUGACUACGAACAAUGAAGAUGCUCCAAGAGAGACUUCAGUCCCCGCCAUGACACACCUGAGCUUCAAUGGUGCAAGUUCAUCAGCCUUUCUUCCACUUCCUGGGACGAAUUUGCCCAAUCUGUCUCUUCCUGCUCAAGUGCCGAUCCCGCAGAUGGAACAUUCGCUGUGGACACUGCCCCCUCAACAUCAUACUGGUGAUUCUUACAUUCAGCCGCGGAAUUUGAGUGAUCGCAGCAGCGGUGGAGACCUCGCACCUGAAGCUUGGACUAACAUGCCAGGCCCAGUGGAUGCCGGAGAGGGGGAACCCAAUCCAACGUUUCCACAAGAUGCGAGGACAGAUUAUGCACUCAUGGAUAGUCGACCAAGUACUUGUGGCCUUGUCGGCAAGAAUAUGCCAACUCGGAAAAGAAAGCUGGAAGAACCAAGCAAUGGAGAAGGAGACAUGGAUGAGUCGGAGACAUGUUGUAGGAAAAGUUCACCCUUGGUAACAACAGAGCUAGUAGGCAAAGAAAGUAAGGAGGCAAUCAAAAAGAUUUGCGACUAUUUAAUGGAUGCUGAGAGCGUCAUCAUUGGCAUUUAUGGAAUGGGGGGAGUUGGCAAGACAGCCAUUUUAAUGCACGUCCAUAACAGAGUACUCCUUGAGGAUUCUGCCUUCAGCAACGUAUUCUGGGUCAGUGUGCCUCAAAAGUUUAGUGUGUAUGAAUUGCAAGACAAGAUAGCCAACGCGGUCGGACUUGACAGUCUCUCGAAGGAUAAGGACGUGAAGAGGAGGGCGAGCAUAAUGCAUAGGCAUCUGGAGACGAUGAAGAGUUCUAUUUUACUUUUAGAUGGCCUGUGGAUGCACUUCGAGGUUAAGGAUGUGGGAAUUCCAAUAAAAAAAGGUGGCCUUAAGUUGGUACUGACAACUCGAUCACUAGAUGUGUGCCAUAAAAUGCUCUGCCAAAUGAAAAUCAAAAUUGAACCUCUAUGUUGGGAAGAAGAUUCUUGGAGCUUAUUUCUAGAGAAACUUUGUUCUGCAAAAGAACUCCCUUCAGAAGUCGAAGAGAUUGCGAGAUCCAUUUUGGAGAUGUGUGGGGGUUUGCCACUUGGUAUCAUUGAGAUUGCAACUCGCUUGAGGGGAGUAGAGAAAGUGCACGAAUGGAAAGACCUGUUGCAGAAUUUACAAGAAUCGAGGAUGGAACUUGACGUGUUAAAGGAAUUGAAACUCAGUUACGUGGACUUGGGUAGUCCUCAAGUGCAGCGGUGUUUCCUGCAUUUAGUUCUUUGUUUUGGAAAAGACGAUGAUGGAACUGACGAAGAGGAAUUGAUAGAGUCUCUCAUAGAUGAGGGGUUGCUAGGUGGAAUUGCCACCCGGCAAAAACAGCACGACCAAGGUAACACCAUAUUGGACAAAAUAAGAAACUCUUGCCUCUUGGAAGAAGCACCGUUUCGGCCUGUACAGCCCUUGAUAAGGGACAUGGCAUUGCAAAUAGCGACGAGCACGACUCACAUGGUCAAGGCCCAUAUGAGUUUGGAAGAAUUCCCAGAGGAAGAGUUGUGGACCGAUCAUCUACAGAAAGUCUUUUUACAAGGCAAUGAUAUAAAAGAAAUUCCAUGCAGCUUAUCACCGAAUUGCCCUAAGCUUACAAGGCUGUCGUUGAAUGAAAAUAACAAUUUGAUAGCCAUCCACGGAUCUUUCUUCGAGCAUCUGAAGGAGCUGAAGGUAUUAGAUCUCAGCCGCACCGGAAUCAUGGAAUUACCGGACUCUAUUUCCCACUUGGAGAGGUUGGAAGCACUGUUACUCCAUGGGUGUGAGGAAUUACAUCAUAUACCUUACGUAUGGAAGUUGGAAUUCCUAAGAAAGUUGGAUCUGAAGGGGUGUAGGAGGCUUGAAGUAGUGCCGGAUGGGAUGGAGAUGUUGGUAAAGCUGACGUACCUCGACCUACGUGGCACACGGAUCAAGACGUUACCAGAAGGAGUGUUGCCGAAUCUGGUGAACUUGCAAUUUCUAGCGAUUGAAAAGGUGAGGGCAGGGGAAGAGAGAGAAUUAAAGAAGGUGGAAGCGCUCUAUUGCUCUGUUCCAAAUGUGGAAACAUUCAAUGCAUGCGUGAGGUUUCUCGAGCAAAACAGCUCCCGACAAUACGAUCUGACUUUGAAUUUAUCCGAAGAAUCCUUCCCGGAGGCUGUUUACGAGAGGCGUAUAUUCAUCGAGAGUGGCCAUAGUAUCAAGGCAUGGGAAUAUGGAGGAAUUGGUGGGGAUGGCGGCGCUCUCCUACUUCCGAACAAUGUACAGGAAGAAGUGGAAGUAGGAGGGUGCGGUGGGGUGAGAAGAUUGUGCGAGGUAGGCCCACUUGAGAAUCUGGAGGUGCUGGAGAUAAAGGAAUGGGAGAAUUUGGACCCUCGCCUACAGAGUCUGACAAUCACUGGGUGUCCCAAACUGAAGCAUCUCUUAAAAUGGGAGUGCCUGACCCCUGCUAGACUUCGUAACCUGAAGAAGAUUAAAAUAAGAAAUUGUGAGGAAUUAGAGGAGAUAAUACGUGGGCCAUUUCCAAGCGGAGUCACUUGUGGUCUCACGUAUCUGGAAGUAAGUGGAUGCAACAAGAUGAAGAGGGUGAUGCUGACGCAGGACACGUUGCUCCAGCUCCCUUCCCUCCGGGAUAUAAGUGUCGAAGACUGCAAGGGCGUAGAGGUGAUAAUAGGAGGCACCGUUGCCGACACCACGCCCUACUCCUUCCCACAUUUAAUAAACCUGACUCUACGGAAUCUUCCGGAACUGAAGAGCAUAUGUGAUGAUGGUAGGGCCGUGAGUUGCGGUUCCCUCUUUUCCCUUGUUAUAGGGAAUUGUCCGAAGCUGAAGAGGAGUCCUGAGCAGCUGCUCCUACUUGACAAUGACAAUGGCCUCCUCCUCCGUUCUACUCACCCCUUCUUCACUUCAACACUGGGUCAAAUUUCAUGA